ACAGUAAGAAUGGGCAGUGCAGGAGUAGAUCAGACAGGGGAUAGACUGCACACAUGACUGGAGCAAUGCUGCUGCUGCUGCUGGGGGAUUCUCCACUCACUGUCGCUGCACAAUGAAGGAGCCUGGUGAGACAGGUCAGCCUUGGGCAGGAGUUACUUCACAAUAAUCAGCGUCUGUGAUUGCCAUUGGGAAUGAGAAACAUCAUGUAUUUUGGAGGUACAUGCCAUAGUCCUGCACUCUCAGCACUGGUCCGCCCCCCACUACCAGCAUUACAGACACCGCUGGAUAUUAAGCAGUUUCUUCCAUUUACUUUGGAUGGGGGUGCAGCAGUAAAUCUUUUACCAAACUUCACAGCAAUGGACCCAAUUCAAAAAGCAGUGUUAAAUCACACAUUUGGGGUUCCUUUGCUACAACGAAGAAAGCAAAUCGCACCAUGCAAUAUUUGCCAGCUGAAAUUUAAUUCAGAAGGCCAGGCUACAGCCCACUUUAAAGGAACAAAACAUGGCAAGAAACUCAAAGCACUGGAAGCCAUGAAAAAUAAGCAACAAUCUGCUGCUACCAAGGACAUUGCAAAGACUAUCAUCACAUCCCUCCCUCAUACCAUGAAUGGUAACUCAGAAAAAACAGGGGUACCGGCAAUAUCAACGAGCACCACGCUAGAGGUCCGGAAAAUUAGUGUUAUGACAAUGGAAAGCAGCUCCAAGGUUGACAAGAAAAUAACCCUUGUUACAAGCAGCAGUAUAUGCCCUUCUGUAGAGACAGAGGAGGAAAAGGCCAAGAGACUGCUGUACUGUUCACUAUGCAAGGUUGCUGUAAACUCUGCCUCCCAGCUGGAAGCACACAACAGCGGAACAAAGCACAAAACUAUGGUGGAGGCUCGAAAUGGAUGUGGAACAAUUAAAGCCUUUCCACGAACAGGAAUAAAAGGCAGUGUACUCAUUAACAAGGGAAGCACUGGCUUACAAAACAAAACUUUUCACUGUGAAAUAUGUGACGUUCACGUUAAUUCUGAAACACAACUUAAACAGCACAUUAGCAGUAGAAGGCACAAAGACAGAGCCGCUGGGAAGCCUCCAAAGCCAAAAUAUAGUCCAUAUAAUAAACUUCAGAAGUCAACUAAUCCAGUUGGGAUAAAAUUAGCUUUUACAAAACAACAUCUAAAGCCAUUGACUUCUCACAUACUACCAAAUCCAUUGGCAGCUGCUGCCGCUGCUAUUGCUGCGAAUUCUCCCUUCAGUCUCCGAAGCACGAUGGCAGCCACACUAUUCCAGUCUCCAGCACUUCCUUCAGCACUUCUGCGACCGGCUCCAGGCCCUAUACGAACCACUCACACUCCUGUUUUAUUUGCUCCUUACUGAACUUCAAGCAGGGACUAUUCUUCUGCAAUAAUGUUUUUUUUCAAAAACAAGACAAACAAACAAAAACUAUGCAGUGCUUAUUUAUACAUCAAAUUAGAUUUUUGCCAGAGGAUAAAAUGGUGAUAAGCAAGAAAGGUCCUAUUUUUCUUAACAGAAGUCAUUACUUAAUGUGCAGUUCACACUCCGUGCCCUUUCCCUUAUAUAAACUUAUUUCCCUGUCAGUGUCUUUCCUGUUUUAUACAGUAACAACCAUUUUUCAGGUUUUCUUUCUCUUUGCUAAGAGCAUCAAGAACCAAUGUACAUCCAGAACUUCUUUCUGUACUUACAAAAACCCCCCACCAUGAACUGUCCAUUUACCAAACUUGCCAACUUUAGAAACCAUUGGCUAUUUGUCCCUUUAUUUGUUUCUGUGGAUGUCUUGUUAAACGUGUGUGCUAUGUUUCACUCAUAUUGAGUUGCUAACAACACUGCAAAUUA